GUCCUAAAUCGUACUUCAUCAAGACUUCAUCGCAAUACUUGGUUAUUAUAAACAUCACAAAAUAAUUAAAAUGUGAAGUACUAUUUGAUUUUUACGUAUUUACCAAUUUCCUUAACCAUGUCGACAUCAUCAAGCGAGUGCGAAUGUGAUUAUUUGCAGUACUGCGGCCCCUGGUCUAACAAGAUGGAAUCGCCGUGGUAUCCAACGUUCGGUCAACCUUUGAUUUACUACUCUCAAGUUCUUCAGCAACCUUUCAGUAGAAGACAAAGAAACAAAGAAACCGAAAACCAUAAACCGAACUACUUCAAAAAAGCCUUUCGAUGGUACACUCAGGAGCGUGUACCAUUUAAGAAUUCAGAUUCAUCACGCAAUUUGGACAAAACCGACGUAAAAGGCUUUGCAGCAUGGUUGGAUGAGAAAUAUAACGAGUUUCUACAGACGAAUCAAACCGAGAGAACCAAAUAUAUUUUGACCCAAACUUCCACUGUUGAAAUGGCUAAAAUUACCAACUACGAACAAUUCGAACAGCCGAUGGCAAAGAAAUACAAAAGAGUUAAAAGUCCAUGGAAUAAACGUAAAAAAUGUUUGAAUUCUAAAGAAAAAGGCGAUUUACUGAUGAAAUCCAACCAGAGCAUCGAAAUAAUUUUGAAACCAAAAGACUUAUCCCGCCCUGCAUCAGAAUAUUUUCAAAAAUCCAAGGUCCAGACAUGCUGCAAUCGCUCAAGUAGCACCGUCGGAUCCAAUGCAAGCACGCCCAGAGUUACGAAACAAAAGUCGCAAAGUUUGACUAGCGUUAAGAAGAUGUACAUGAUGCCUUUCGGUAUUCCCAAUUAUGGUACUAAAACAGAUGAAUGUGAAUGUAAAAAAUCUUCAAAACACAAGAUCGUAAAGAAAGAUCCUAGACGGAAGAAAGAAAAGUAUAGUUUGAGACAUGUGUCAUGUCAGUGUUCAAAGUAUAUGUAUGAAAAACACGAUGCAUAUAGUCAAAUCGAAGAUAGAGGAAUAAAUGGAUCAGAUCCAUGCACUUGCAAAUUGAAUAAUCCAGAAGUAGUAUGUUCCUUCAGUAAUAGAAAUUUGGAAAAGAAACAAGAUUUAGUGACUUCGGGAACCAGUACGCGUGUUAUAAAACCAAGCAAAUCGUCAGAAUGUAUACCACAAGUAGAAGAAACAAGAUUUAUGGCGCCUUCCAUGAGCACUGAGAAAAAUAGAGCUGCAUUUGUAGCACCUGUAAACGAUUGUGUCCAAACUUCGAACUAUUCGAUAAACCUUGACCAAAAUAUGUUCCCUGAAUAUCCUUUGUUCAUGAAAAUUAUUUGUGCUGACAAAUUGAAAGAGAACUAGAAAAUAUUAUUAUUUUG